UCUCUCUCUCUCUGAGCAGGAAUGUGGAAACAGGAGUCCAGUCAGUCAGUGAGCGUUGCGCGUUUCUCCCCAGCCCGGGAGUGAAUCAUUGAUCGGCGCCCGGGUCAGAUAUAUUGACGAGGAACAAGUGAUGUGUGAACGGAUUCGGAUUCUCACUGUUAGGAUUCACGUUCUCUGAUCGAACGAAUCUCUUUUCUGUUUUUACCUCGACUGAAGAAAAGUUUGCUUUGAGGAGUCGGCAGAUGGAAACCAGCUCUCAGUGUUCACCGAGCUCUCCCAACAUGGACCCGGAGUCACUGAGAAGGUGAAGGCUGCUCGUGUUAAAUGCUCACAACACUCUGACUGCUCAUAUAACGGCUGCUAGUUCAGUGACUGUGUGAACCGUCUGCAGACUGUUUACCAUGGCUUCUAGUCUGACAUGUACGGGUGUUAUCUGGGCCCUGCUGUCCCUGCUGUGUGCUGCCGCCUCCUGCGUUGGCUUCUUCAUGCCCUAUUGGCUGCUGGGGACACAGAUGGACAAGCCCGUGUCCUUUGGCACGUUCAGGCGCUGCUCCUACCCGGUGAGGGACGAGGAGAAGCAAGCCACGGUGAUGCUGGAGCAGUGUGGGCGCUACGCCUCCUUCAACGGCAUCCCGAGCCUGGAGUGGAGGAUCUGCACCGUGGUGACGGGCGUGGGGUGCGGCCUCCUCCUGCUGGUGGCCCUCACCGCUCUCAUGGGCUGCUGCAUCUCUGACCUCAUCUCGCGUACCAUCGGCCGGGUGGCCGGCGGCAUCCAGUUUGUUGGAGGUCUGCUCAUAGGAUCUGGCUGUGCCCUCUACCCAUUGGGAUGGGACAGUGAGGAGGUACAACAGACCUGCAACAACAGCUCAGACCAGUUUCAACUAGGUUCCUGCCAGAUCGGCUGGGCGUAUUACUGCACGGGGGCGGGGGCGGCGGCGGCCAUGCUGCUGUGCACCUGGCUGUCAUGUUUCGCAGGGAAGAAGCAGAAGCAGUACCCGUACUGAAGGGAGCAUCAGAGAGACGGGAACAGGCCCGAGACCUCAGGCGGUGCGACAAAAGGGAGAGGACUCUGGACUCUGUGGACUCACACUAGUACAGCACAUCAGGCACCAAGGACAAAUCCUUAUGGUGCUCUGGACGUCUUGGUACACAACUCAUCUGACAACUGCAGGGACUGUUUCAUAAUGCAACACACACACACACACACACACACACACACGCACACAUGGCUUUGAAAACUGGUUCUUCUCUAAAAGCUGUUCUUAAAUGAAAAAUGUAUGGACCAAUCCUGUUUGUGAAAUUGUUUCAUUUCUUUAACAAGAUGAGUAUUCUCUUUCUUUCUUUUCCCGGUCAUUGAUGUUUAUGCGAUGGUGUGCCCGUGAUGAAGAGUAAAGUAAUGUUGCUUCAUUGUUACGUGAAGUGUUUCUGUCUCCUCUUUGUGUCUCAUCUUUGCCUUAAACACAAACUGAAAUGCAAUAAUCCCUAUGACCUAAAGCAAUCCAACACUGGCUGCCUGCUUCCACAACCUCGACCUUUUCGGAAUUCCCA